AUCCAGUAUAUCGGUUAACCCAAUAACCCCACAGAAGCCAAAAAUCUCUGAGAAACCCUUUCUCUACUCCAGCCUCUUCUUCUUCCUCAAAAUCAACCGCCGUCUGCAGCUCUUCUCCGUCGCGUUCUGCAAGCGCCACUGUCACAAGGUAUCACGGAGCGGCUUGCCGGUAAGCAAUAAUGGCCGAGGAGAAUGAGGAAGUGAAGACGUUCAAAGAUUUGGGGAUAUGCGAGGAAUUGGCGAACGCUUGCGACACAUUGGGAUGGAAAAACCCGACAAAGAUACAGGUGGAAUCUAUCCCACAUGCACUCGAAGGGAAAGACUUGAUUGCCUUGGCACAAACGGGUUCCGGGAAGACGGGUGCUUUCGCUCUUCCCAUAAUCCAGUCGCUCCUGACCGAGGCCGCGAAGAAGAGGUCCGUUGGGGCGUUCUUCGCCUGCGUGCUGUCGCCCACGAGGGAGUUAGCUAUUCAAAUUUCUGAGCAGUUCGAAGCCUUGGGGUCUGCCAUUGGUCUCAAAUGUGCUGUGCUUGUUGGAGGAGUAGAUAUGGUGCAACAAGCUGUUUCUCUUGGAAAGCGGCCUCACAUUGUCGUUGGUACACCUGGGCGCCUUAUGGAUCAUUUGACGAACACAAAAGGGUUCUCUCUUCGGACAUUAAAGUAUUUGGUCUUAGAUGAAGCUGACAGGUUGCUAAAUGAGGACUUUGAGAAGUCACUUGAUGAGAUUCUUAGUUCAAUUCCGCAAGACCGGAAAACAUACUUGUUUUCUGCUACUAUGACUAAAAAGGUGAAGAAACUUCAGAGGGCUUGCUUGAAGAAUCCCGUGAAGAUAGAAGCUGCAUCUAAGUAUUCUACUGUGGAUACGCUGAAGCAGCAAUAUUGUUUUAUUCCAGCCAAGCAUAAGGAUUGCUAUCUUGUCUACAUUUUGACUGAAAUGUCUGGAAGUACUUCAAUGGUAUUCACUCGAACAUGUGAUGCAACAACAUUGUUGGCUUUGGUUCUUAGAAAUUUGGGUAUGAGGGCCAUCCCGAUUAAUGGCCACAUGACACAGUCCAAGAGACUUGGCGCCUUGAACAAGUUCAAAGCUGGAGAGUGCAAUGUUCUUAUAUGCACCGACGUGGCUAGUAGAGGGCUAGACAUUCCUUCAGUAGACAUGGUUAUUAAUUAUGACAUCCCUACAAACUCAAAGGACUAUAUUCAUCGGGUGGGGAGAACUGCUCGUGCAGGGCGGUCUGGGGUUGCAAUCUCCCUAGUAAAUCAGUAUGAACUGGAGUGGUAUAUACAAAUAGAGAAGCUUAUCGGUAGAAAGUUGGAUGAGUUUCCCGCUGUGAACGAUGAGGUACUGUUGUUGCUCGAAAGAGUCACGGAAGCCAAAAGAAUUUCCCAAAUGGUAUUUCAACUUAUCUCCAUUUUGCCUAUUGUGUAGUAUUAGUAGAAUAGAGAAAUGGGUGAUAGCAGCAGAACGAGUGGGUUUUGGUAACUGACUUGCUCUCUCCGCCUUUGUACAGAAAUUGAAAGAAAGUGGAGGCAACAGGAAGAGGCGGGGUGGAGGUGGAGGAGAUGAGCAAGAUGAGGAGGUUGAGAGAUAUCUAGGCGGCAAAGAUAACCAUCCCAGAAAAUUUAAGAAGAACAAACGAGGAUGAAAGGCUUCUGGAAUGCAAUCAAAGUUCAAAUUAUGUUCAUUUUGAGUGAGAAUUUUGAUCUUUCGAUGGGGUACAUCCUAAACUUGUACCUCAUUAGAGGCUUGUAACGUUACGAAUUCUCUGAUGUCUAAGUUGAUGGAUUCUUAGUAUCAAGUGCAUGUAUUGUGAAGCAUUCAAGCAGUUGACAUAUUUCAGAAGACAAGGCCCCAAUAUAUAUACUUUUAUUCCAUAAUUUAUUGCAUAAUUCCAUUCCCUUAGUGAUUAUUUAUUGAAGGAUAACAGGGCAUUGUUGGCUAGAUUACAC